UAGUGCAAUAGCAAUAGCGAUAAAUUCAUUCGAAUCUGUCAUACUUGCAGCGAUUGCCUUGAAGGAAAUGGUCCUGUUAGUUUUUCUCAGUCACUUGUCAUCAUUGGCUGUUGGUGCUACGGCUUGAGAAUUUUUACUGUUAAGCACAUUAUGAUUUUGCAUUGUGUUGAAUUGAAUGUGCCAACAAGGUUCCAAGACGAAUUAACAUUUAGCAAGGUGCACACCAAUUAUUGACAAUUCGUAUCUUUUUUCCUCUCUCGUGCUUCCCCUCAAAAGUGAGUUCUCUGAGUUUUGAGUGAGAUAAUCAAAAAUUGACCGAGGAUUUUGAGACUAUUUUAACAAGUGGUGGUAAAAUAUUAUUGGAUUUGUUCGACCUUCCGCUGUGAUUUUUAUCUACAGGUGACAGUCAUAUUUUGCUGACAAGACGAGUAGCGAGAGAGAAGCCACAACAUUUCUUCAUCUUUUAGGAAGUGAUGCGACAUCAUUUUUGUCUCAACUGUGUUUCUUGCCUUGAGAAUAUAUAGUACGCGUCGGUGACAAUAACGCUGUAUGAGUACGAGAUCGUUUGAUAAAUAAAAUAGUACACUAUUAAAUCAAGAUGUGGACCCCGACACAUGUCCAAGUCACGGUGCAAAGGGCACGUGGUUUACUUCAAAAGGGGAAAAAUGGGACAAACGAUGCAUUUGUUACCAUUGCCUUGGGCAAGGAAAAGUUUCAGACUUCAGUCAAGGACAAGGCGGAAGACCCCGUGGAAUGGCAUGAAGAAUGUGAAUUACAAAUUCCCCGACAAGGAAAUAAGGCUGACAUUGUUCUAACCGUAUUGCAUAGAAAUUUCAUUGGGGACGAAUUUUUAGGACAAAUUUCCAUCCCACUUGCAGAGUUUGACGUGUAUGACAAACCAAAAAAUAAGUGGUACGAGUUGAAAAGUAAACCUGGUCAGGAGAAGAAAAAUAAGUAUCGGGGGGAAAUUGAGGUAAAAGUGCAAUUUACAGUCCAGUCGGGCGUCAAUACCGCUGCAAGUUUAGCCGAUAUCAAUAAAAAAGAUGGGAUUCGAGCUUCACUUGGAACUUUGUCUCAAAAAAUGGGGGGAAGCUUACUUAGUUUGGGCAAAGAAAAGAAAGGAAGUCUUAGAAAUUUGGCCAAAGCCGUUGGCCACAAAGUGUCCACAUUACCUGGCCGAGGGAAAAAGAAGAACAAGGAUGAGUCGUUUGGUGCUAUUCCUGAAUCCACGGGUAUUUCCGGCUCAGAAUUUGUCACAGUUAAGCGAUCCAAUCGCCAUGAUGCUGAUCCCGGUGUGAUCAGUGAUGACGAGGAUGAAUUUAGGUUUGACGAACUAUCUCACCGAAGCAGCCAUAGUUCUUUGAGUGUUUCACAAGUUGCAUUAUCCACACCAAAGGACGGAUCUUUAGAAAAUCUUGGAGGUGGGGAAUUCAUGCGAAGAAGUCAUGCAACUCCACCACCUGUAAAACAACCCCCUCCGAAAGUUGAAACUAAAGGUUUUCCAGAACCUGUCACUAAACCUCAUCGAUGGAGCAGUGGGGCUGCUGAUGACUGGGAAUCCAAAUUAUUUGGAAAGAAGGAAAUAAAAACUGAUUUUGAAGCCGACAUUUAUGUCCCACAAGUGAUUCAUGAAAAACCCAUUUUUGAAAAAGUGGAGGAUAAUCCCAAUUCGGAAAUCUCAGUCAAACCGAAACAUGUCACCCCACCCACUCCCGUAGUACAACAACAAGAACGAGAACCUGUCCCAAAACCUCGACAAGUUCAAAACGCACCAAAACUCGAGGAACCACCACCACCGGCCCCCAAAAUUAAUACUAUUCAACCAAACGUAGCAGUAGUAGAAACCCAAUCUUCGCCAAACACAAAGCCAAAGGAAUCCAUUCGGAACUCUGUAAAGGAAUCUCUAGCCUCCAUCUUUGGUGGAUCGAACAAUAAGCAUGAAGAAACCCAAAAGGGCACCCCCAUCGCUGUCACGAAUCCCAUCCGCAACAUGAAGGACCACCACGAAGCCCGACUGCCACGGGACAUUUUGAAAAAAUAUGAAAACAAGUCGAGAGAAGACUUGAUUGAAAUAAUUAUCAACCAACAAGCCAGCGUGGAAUAUCAGAAGCAGAAACUGAGCGACAUGGAGGAUUACAUUGAUAACCUUGUGGCACGCGUUAUUGAAACUCAUCCGACCCUGUUACAAAGCCCUUUCGUCACUCGUCACACGCUGAAAUAAUUCCAAAAUGAUUGAUACCACGAAUUUUAAUACGAACUUCGGUCUUAUAAAUGUGCCUUAUGCUAAAUAGUGCUGCUUUUUCCAUACCACAUUAGUGCCUACUAAACAAGCAAGGAAAAUUACAUGGUGAAGUGAGAGCAAUAAUUAAGUAAUCGAAUAAUCACACACUCUCUAGUCCGCCCAGGAUUUUACCCUAUUGACUAUAAUUCCAGCCAUUUUAUGUUUCAGAUUAUCUUAAUUGAACCUCUUUUUAAUUAAUAUUUAACAAAUAAAUAAAAUUACCAAUUUUAUCUUUUAGAAAAGUUGGUUACAAAUGUGACCAACAUAAAAGUACGAUAUCAUGAAAAAAUAAAGUUUUUUUGCCCACAAUGAUGCCAUUUUUAACAAUUAAGAUAAAAUAAACAAAACAAAAAUGAGAAGAA